AUGAUCAAACUUGUAGGAGUGACUUUUUUUUUGCUGGUCAGUAAUCCCACAGAAUACAUUACAAGGGAUAUAUUUUGCACUGUAUUUGGGUGUGAUGAGUCUCUGGCCUGGGAUGCUGCUCCUGCCACACCCUCCACUCAACCCAUUGCUCCCGAUACUGCCACACCCCCUACUCAGCCUAUCCCACCUACAGUCCCUGCCACAACCCCUCCUCAGUCCAUCCCACCGACAGUCCCUGCCACUGCUUCAGCCUCCACCCCCCUUGCCACUAAUAACCAGGCAGGGAAACUAGAGGUGGGAAUGCAAGAUAAUGCAGCACAAAGCCUAUUUCCCUUAUGGGAAGUACCCACUUUCAAUAAUGAAGGAAUCUUGGCGCCUAAAGAUCUCACUGAAUACCUGUCUCGUUUUGGAGAGGUUGUAGACUGCACAAUUAAAACAGAUCCCGUCACGGGAAGAUCGAGGGGAUUCGGAUUUGUGCUUUUCAAAGAUGCUGCCAGUGUCGAUAAGGUUCUGGAACUUAAAGAACACAAGUUAGAUGGCAAGUUGAUAGACCCCAAAAGGGCUAAAGCUUUAAAGGGAAAGGAGCCCCCCAAAAAAGUAUUUGUCGGCGGACUGAGCCCAGAUACGUCCGAAGAACAAAUCAAAGAAUAUUUUGGAGCAUUUGGAGAGAUUGAGAAUAUUGAACUUCCUAUGGACACAAAAACAAAUGAAAGAAGAGGAUUUUGUUUUAUCACAUAUACAGAUGAAGAACCAGUAAAGAAAUUAUUAGAAAACAGAUAUCAUCAGAUUGGUUCUGGGAAGUGUGAAAUCAAAGUUGCCCAGCCCAAAGAGGUAUACAGGCAGCAACAGCAACAACAGAAAGGAGGGAGGGGCGCUGCAGCUGGUGGACGAGGUGGGACUAGGGGUCGUGGCCGAGGUCAGGGCCAAAACUGGAACCAAGGAUUUAAUAACUAUUAUGAUCAAGGAUAUGGAAAUUACAAUAGUGCCUAUGGUGGUGAUCAAAACUAUAGUGGCUAUGGCGGAUAUGAUUAUACUGGGUACAACUAUGGGAACUAUGGAUAUGGACAGGGAUAUGCAGACUACAGUGGUCAACAAAGCACAUAUGGCAAAGCAUCCAGAGGGGGUGGUAAUCACCAAAACAAUUAUCAACCAUAUUAAAGAAGGACAUGGAGAAAACAGGUGCAGAUGCUACAGCAACCCUAUCUUGCAGGAUGACGACAUUGAAUGGAGAGUGGUCUUGUAUUGAUCUGAGAUGACUAUUUUGUAAAAGACUUGUAGUGUACAUGACACAACUGUGUCCAAUUGUAUAUAGCGGCUGAUUUAGUUUUCUUGUUUUUACUUUGUCCUUUGCCAUCUGUGUUAUGACAAAUGUGGAUUUGUGUUUAUACAAAUUUUAUUUGUAUAAUUUCAUGUUAAAUGAUUCUCAACAAUAAAUUACUUGUGAUUGUU